ACAGACUGUCAGCACCGUGCGGAGCCACUAGAGAGCUGCGCCACGGUAACAUCGGAGGACCUAGACCGGGUGAAUGCAGUCCUCAACGCAACGCACACCAUUCUCGGGAGAUAAGAGGACGCUGAGAGUAAUCUUCCCCCGCACAGAGAAAACAGGAGUUUGGCUCACCACAACAUUUUUCUUUCCUUCUUCGUAAUUCGCGUGAAGAAAAUCUUAACUGCGUAAAGGACGGGAGACGCGUUAGACCGCGGUGAAUAGCUAACGAUAGCUAUCCCGAGUGUGACUGCACAGCUCUGCUGAUUAAUUAGGAAGCACUGACAGAUUUAAAAGAGGAAACGUUAAGGCAGUGUGUGUUUUUUUUUUUUUUGUUUUUUUUUGUUUGUUUUUUGUGAGUGUGCGUGCGUAAAAGCUGUGUGGGAAGGAGCCGUCUGUCCGCCAUGGAGAACGCUCACACGAAGAGUGUGGAAGAAGUUUACAGUCAUUUCUGCGUCAAUGAGAGCACAGGACUUUCCCUGGACGAGGUGAAGCGACUGAAGGAGAAAUGGGGCCUAAACGAGUUACCAGCGGAAGAAGGGAAAUCUUUGUUGGACCUUGUCCUUGAACAAUUUGAAGAUUUACUUGUUCGUAUUCUUCUGCUGGCCGCAUGUAUAUCUUUUGUCCUGGCCUGGUUCGAGGAGGGAGAGGAAACUAUCACAGCCUUUGUGGAGCCUUUUGUCAUUUUACUCAUUCUUAUAGCCAACGCCAUCGUCGGUGUGUGGCAGGAACGUAAUGCCGAGGAUGCCAUCGAGGCGCUAAAGGAGUACGAGCCUGAGAUGGGGAAAGUGUACCGGCAGGACAGGAAAACCGUGCAGAGGAUCAAGGCCAGAGACAUCGUGCCCGGUGACGUUGUGGAGAUUGCCGUUGGAGACAAGGUGCCCGCUGACAUCCGUAUCUGUUCAAUCAAAUCAACUACUCUGAGGGUGGACCAGUCCAUUCUGACCGGUGAAUCCAUCUCGGUCAUCAAACACACCGACCCUGUGCCUGACCCUCGUGCCGUCAAUCAGGACAAGAAGAACAUGCUCUUCUCUGGCACUAACAUUGCAGCUGGGAAGGCCGUGGGAGUGGUCGUGGCCUCUGGCAUCAACACGGAGAUAGGUAAGAUCCGCGACGAGAUGGCGGCCACCGAGCAGGAGAAGACGCCCCUGCAGCAGAAGCUGGACGAGUUCGGCGAGCAGCUGUCCAAGGUCAUCUCCCUCAUCUGCAUCGCCGUGUGGAUCAUCAACAUCGGCCACUUCAGCGACCCCGUCCACGGAGGCUCCUGGAUCCGCGGGGCCGUCUACUACUUCAAGAUCGCUGUGGCGCUGGCCGUGGCCGCCAUCCCCGAGGGUCUCCCUGCCGUCAUCACCACCUGCCUGGCCCUGGGCACCCGCCGCAUGGCCAAGAAGAACGCCAUCGUCCGCAGCCUGCCGUCCGUGGAGACCCUGGGCUGCACCUCUGUCAUCUGCUCCGACAAGACGGGAACCCUGACCACCAACCAGAUGUCCGUCUGCAGAAUGUUCGUGGUCAACAAAGCCGAUGGUGACAGCUGUGCUCUGUCAGAGUUCACCAUCACAGGUUCUACCUACGCACCCGAGGGAGAAGUGUACCAGGAUGAUAAACAGGUGAAAUCCUCCCAGUAUGAUGCCCUGGUUGAACUGGCUACCAUCUGUGCCCUGUGUAACGACUCCUCUCUGGACUUCAAUGAGGGGAAGGGUGUGUACGAGAAGGUCGGUGAAGCCACGGAGACCGCGCUCACCUGUUUGGUGGAGAAGAUGAACGUUUUCGACACCGAAGUUAUCAACCUGUCCAAGAUUGACCGAGCCAACGCCUGCAACUCUGUGAUCAAGCAGCUGAUGAAGAAGGAGUUCACCCUGGAGUUCUCCAGAGACAGGAAGUCCAUGUCCGUCUACUGCACCCCCAACAAGUCUCGCUCCUCCAUUGGCAAGAUGUUUAUCAAGGGGGCCCCCGAGGGAGUUAUUGAUCGGUGCACUCACGUCAGAGUUGGUAACAACAAAGUUCCCCUCACCAAAAGCAUCAAGGAAAAGAUCCUGUCUGUGAUCCGUGAGUACGGGACAGGUCGGGACACCCUUAGGUGCCUGGCUCUGGCCACACGAGACAGCCCGCCCAAGAAGGAGGACAUGAUACUGUCAGACUGCACCAAAUUUGUGACGUACGAGUGCGACCUGACCUUUGUCGGCUGCGUCGGCAUGCUGGACCCUCCCAGGCAGGAGGUGGCCGCCUCCAUUAAGCUGUGCCGCCAGGCCGGCAUCCGUGUCAUCAUGAUCACGGGAGACAACAAGGGCACAGCCGUGGCCAUCUGCCGCCGCAUCGGCAUCCUGGGCGUUGACGACGACAUUGAGCGCAUGGCCUUCACCGGGCGAGAGUUUGACGAGCUGUCGCUCCACGAUCAGCGCGAGGCCGUGACUCACGGUCGCUGCUUCGCCCGCGUCGAGCCAUCCCACAAGUCCAAGAUUAUUGAGUUCCUGCAAGGAUUCGACGAGAUCACCGCUAUGACGGGCGAUGGAGUGAAUGAUGCCCCGGCCUUGAAGAAGGCAGAGAUUGGCAUCGCCAUGGGCUCUGGCACUGCCGUGGCCAAGUCGGCCUCUGAGAUGGUCCUCGCCGAUGACAACUUUUCCUCCAUCGUGGCCGCCGUUGAAGAAGGAAGAGCCAUUUACAACAACAUGAAGCAGUUCAUCAGAUACCUCAUCUCAUCCAACGUUGGGGAGGUCGUCUGCAUCUUCCUCACUGCGGCGCUGGGCUUCCCCGAGGCUCUGAUCCCGGUCCAGCUGCUCUGGGUCAACCUGGUGACCGAUGGCCUCCCAGCCACCGCCCUGGGCUUCAACCCCCCUGACCUGGACAUCAUGGAGAAGCCUCCUCGUAAUGCCAAGGAGCCCCUCAUCUCUGGCUGGCUCUUCUUCAGAUACCUGGCCAUCGGAUGCUAUGUGGGUGCAGCCACAGUGGGAGCUGCUGCCUGGUGGUUUACCGUCUCUGAAGAUGGACCUCAGAUCACUCUGUACCAGCUGAGCCACUUCCUCCAGUGCGCCCCAGACAACCCAGACUUUGACGGCCUGGACUGCCACGUGUUUGAGUCGCCCUACCCGAUGACCAUGGCCCUGUCCGUGCUCGUCACCAUUGAGAUGUGCAAUGCUCUCAACAGUCUGUCGGAGAACCAGUCUCUCCUGCGGAUGCCUCCCUGGGAAAACGUUUGGCUCUUGGGGGCCAUCUGCCUCUCCAUGUCCCUCCACUUCCUCAUCCUCUAUGUGGAACCUCUGCCUGUCAUCUUCCAGAUCACCCCUCUGGAUUUGACCCAGUGGAUGAUGGUGCUGAAGAUCUCCCUGCCCGUCAUCCUGCUGGACGAGGUGCUAAAGUUCGUGGCCAGGAACUACUUGGACUUUGGUAAUCAGCUGGAGAAGCCGGCCAGCAAAGGCUGCUCUCUGUCUGCAUGUGCCGAGGGCAUCUCCUGGCCCUUCGUGGCCGUCUCCCUGCCCCUGGUGCUGUGGAUCUACAGCACCGACACUAACGUGUCCGCCAUGUUGUGGCCCUGACUGAUUUCACUACACUACCCUCCCUGUGCACCAGUGUGAAGUGGACAUUAACACACACAUCUAACGCAGUUACUUUAACCCGGAACAACUUACAGUCAACACUUGGGGGGUGGGGGACGGAUUUAGUCAUAUUUGAAUGACUUUGACCAACUUUAUGUCCAUGUGUUUUCUUUUACCAUCACGCUUUUCCUCUCUUUUGAUCUCGUUUUGAACAGUUAGGGAUGCCCACUGGGUCGGAGCUGUGUUUGAGCUGUACAGAGAAUUUACACUAUUUUAUGAUAAUUAAUAUUUUGUAAUUUUUGGGAGGGGUUGCGGGGACGAGAAUGCUGGGUGUGAAUGGAUGUAAUUCUAAGGACCGUAUAGUAAAAUACUAAUUUUUGGGGCAAAGACUUGAAUAUAUUUGCCCUGGCAUGAACCUCUGUGGUCACUUUUGAGCUCCAUGCGGCGUCAUUCAUUAUUGUUUCUGCGUUAGGCAGAGCACAGCUACCUCAAUGCUGUUAAUAUGAUUAUUUCUACCCAUUUGUCUUAACAACCAUUUCAUAGAUUAUCAGUUGAAGUGUUGAGGUAAGCAUCAAUUUGUUUUGCAGUAGACCCGAAGCCCUCACACACACAUGCUAAUGUUGUUUUUUUUUUAGUAUAUUUUUCUUUUCUCUGUUGUUGGAGGGAAGCGAGGACAGAGAUAUGUUACCAGUUUGAUUCAGAGCAAUUUUUUUUGAUAAAGUGUUAAAUUUGUUUACUUGAAAAAAACACAUUUUUCUUGAUUUAAUAAGGUUUUUUUCAGUCUUAAUUUUGCAUCUUAAUUACAGUUAUCUUUAUGAAUGUAUGUAUAAUGUGCACAUACUGUACUUGAACAUGUAAAAAGGCACCAAGAAGCUGUUAGUCUUAUCAACUGAGCACAAUGUGGAUGACCGGUCAUUGGAAGAGUCUGUAUAUCUGUACAUACCACACAAAGUAGAAUCUCUGUAUAGAUUAUUCUUGUUGUUGUUGUUGCUGUCAAAAUGCUCCAUACAUUUACACUAGUUUACUUAAGCCUGGUCUAAGCCUUUCUGCAUGCCUGCUGCAAUAAUACCAGGCCACUGUGUGCUUUGAGUAUUUUCUUUAGCUUUACAGCUAACUGUUGUUUCUUCCAAUGCCUUCCACCUGUUUACCUGCAGACAAAGGCCGAGUAAGCCCACCUCUACUCUAGAUUCCUUGCAGAAACUUUGGUUUUAUUUUUGUGUUGUGCAUGUGUUCUGGGCAGCAUAUCUUUCAAGAGCUGCAUGCCAGUUAAAUACUAUGAAGACAGAGGCUCAUAAAGUUCAUACAUCAUUUUUAGACUGGCCAUAAAUAAAUGUCUGAUUUAAAAACUAGCCAAUCCCACAUCAUAUCAUCCCCCCACAUAUCAUCCCCCCCAUCCUCCUGCAUGAAGAGCCUUAGAUGAUACAAUUCUCAUGCCAUCUUUUUAGACAGAUCUUAGUACCGUGUACAGUAAAUUGUACAAUAUUCCAUUGUGCAUGUCCAACGAAUCGGCCAUCUGUUUUACCAGACUUGUGUAAUAGACAAUGUAUGGUAUUGGUAAAUAGAAUAGACAUUCGUUAGAUAGUACAAAUGUUAAAUAAGCUCAAAAAACAGUUCAUCUUUCCUAAGGAAAUACUUUUAUGGAAUAUUUAAAAACCAAACAGCCUUUUUGCUUUGCACCGAGACGUGCGUCAUGUUUGGAGCAGAUGUUGCCAUGUCUGGGACGGCGGACGUGCAGCUGUGCAGCGAUGCACACGUUCUACCAUGAGAACGACAGGCAGUCCCUACACUGGCAUUUUUUAUUUUUUUUUGCCAAACUGCUGUUCUUUAUUUUCCGAGAUGAUUGUACACAUGAACUGUGGUUUUAGGUAAAUAAAACUGUCAUACAUGAAGAGUUUA